UAAAAUAUUUCGUUCAAAUCGUUCUUUUGCGCGCAUGGGAUGUCCGCAUUAAAACCUUCCUGAAGGAUAAACGGAAUGCCUUCCCGAAAUAUAUUUUAUUAAAUCGGAUUGGUAACACUAAAGUACCGAUGACUUUAUUUCCGAAAAUGGAUGCAGACACGGCGGAUAAGGACGAAAAACCGGAUAACACGAAUACGCAAGAUGAUGCCGACCAAAAACAAGAUGAGGAGUUUAAGGUUCUGCAAUUGUUUAGGGACAUGAUAGCUAGAUUCUCUAGCGAGGAUGAUAAGAAGACUGAGGGAGAUGUAUCAAAAGAGGAAGAAACUACAACAGCAGAUGAAAACUUCAGUCCUGAUGGGCUACCAUCCAGAAUGAAUAGUCCUAUACCCAUGUACGGUGGGACUAUGGACCAGCAUACGUUGGCAAUGCCAGAGGACACUGGUAAUACGGGCCAAGACGAUAUAGUUACUAAUUCAG